AUGGCGCAAUUCGUGCUGUUCGAAUCCGCGAGCGGGUACGGGUUGUUCGAGACGCUCGACGUCGACGUCGUGGGCCAGAGCCUGGAGAAGGUGCAGGAGCAGACGCAGGACGCCGGGAAGUUUGGGAAGAUGGUCAAGUUGCAUGGUUUUAAACCGUUCACGAGCGCGGCGAACGCGUUGGAGCAGAUCAACUGCGUGUCGGAGGGCGUCGCGAGCGAGGAUUUGCAAAAUUUUUUGGAACAAAACUUGCCGAGACAAAAGGACUCGGCGAAGGCCAAGUACCAGCUCGGGGUAUCGGACUCCAAGCUCGGGAACUCCAUCGUGGAAUCGACGAAGAUUCCGUGCGUGUGCAACGACAGCGUCGGGGAGAUUCUUCGUGGCAUUCGUCAACACUUUACGAAAUUCGUCAAGGGUUUCAAGGGUGGCGACUACGAAAAGGCGCAGCUCGGUUUGGCGCACUCGUACUCUCGCGCCAAGGUAAAGUUUAACGUCAACCGAUCGGAUAACAUGAUCAUCCAAGCCAUCGCGUUGAUCGACACGCUCGAUAAGGACAUCAACACCUUUAUCAUGCGCGUGCGAGAGUGGUACGGCUGGCACUUUCCGGAGCUCGUCAAGGUUUGCAACGACAACUACAUGUACGCGCAACUCGCCUUGGUGAUCAAGGACAAGGCUACGCUGACCGAUGAGGCGCUUCCAGCGCUUACGAAGAUUACGGGAGACGAGGACAAGGCGAAGGAAGUCAUCGAAGCCGCCAAGGCGUCGAUGGGUCAGGACAUCUCUCCGGUGGACAUGAUCAACAUCGAAGCCUUCGCGAAGCGCGUCAUCUCCCUCGCCGAGUACAGAACCAGUUUGCACAACUACUUGAGCAACAAAAUGAACGUGGUGGCUCCGAACCUCGGCGCUCUCAUCGGCGACAUCAUCGCCGCGCGUUUGAUUUCCCACGCCGGUUCGCUCACAAACUUAGCAAAGUACCCGGCGUCCACGGUGCAAAUUCUCGGCGCCGAAAAGGCUCUCUUUCGAGCCCUGAAGACCAAGGGGAACACGCCGAAGUACGGUUUGAUCUUCCACAGCACGUUCAUCGGUAAGGCGAACGCGCGCAACAAGGGACGAAUCUCCCGUUACUUAGCCAACAAGUGUAGUAUCGCGAGCAGAAUCGACUGCUUCAGCGAUUUCCAAACCACCUUGUUCGGCGAGAAGUUGAAGGAGCAAGUUGAGGAGCGAUUGGCAUUUUACGACAAGGGUACGGCGCCGCGCAAGAACAUCGCGAUGAUGCAAGAGGUCAUCGCCGAGAUUGGUCCGCAAGACGGCGGCUCGAAGAAGCGCAGCGCGGAUGACGCGGCGACGCCCUCGAAGAAGGUUAAAAAGGACAAAAAGGAUAAAAAGGAAAAGUCUGCGAAGAAGGCGAAGAAGUCUGAGAAGUGA